AUGGCUGCUGAUAUCGAUCUCUCAACUGCUAUCAUCGACUGUUACUCUACCAAUGAGGAGAUGUUCGUUGCCGACGACGGUGACCUACAGGCUGUGGAAAGUGGUCUGCAACGACCGUCGUCGAAAUCGUCGGCAGCAUCUGAAGCAGGAGAUGUGCUGGAUCGUCGAGUUGAUGAGGUGUUGGCUCGAGCAUCAGCUGAGCUACACAAGAACGGGAAAGACUAUAAGGGUCGAGAGAAGGAACUCCUCCGAACUUUAUUCACCAGA